AUGUCGGCCCCUCAGGCAAACGAUGCUGAAAAGAAUAUCGAGAUCUGGAAGGUCAAGAAGCUCAUCAAGCGCCUCGAGGCCGCCCGUGGCAAUGGCACAAGCAUGAUCUCGCUCAUCAUCCCGCCCAAGGCUCAAAUCUCGCAAGCGGCCAAGAUGUUGGCCGAUGAGUUUGGCACUGCCUCCAAUAUCAAAUCCCGCGUCAACCGUCUGUCCGUUCUGUCCGCCAUCACCUCGACCCAGCAGCGCUUGAAGCUGUACUCCAAAGUCCCUCCCAAUGGCCUCGUCGUCUACUGCGGUGAAAUCAUCACCGCCGAAGGCAAGGAGCGCAAGAUCAACAUCGACUUCGAGCCCUUCAAGCCCAUCAACACCUCGCUCUACCUUUGCGACAACAAGUUCCACACAGAGGCCUUGAGCGAGUUGCUCGAGUCGGACCAGAAGUUUGGUUUCAUCAUCAUGGACGGUAACGGUGCCUUGUUCGGCACCCUGUCUGGCAACACGCGCGACGUGAUUCAAAAAUUCUCCGUCGACCUUCCCAAGAAGCACGGCCGUGGUGGUCAGUCCGCUCUGCGUUUCGCCCGUCUCCGUGAAGAGAAGCGCCACAACUACGUUCGCAAAGUCGCCGAGUUGGCCGUGCAGAACUUCAUCACCAAUGACAAGGUCAACGUGGCCGGUUUGAUUCUGGCUGGUUCCGCCGAUUUCAAGAACGACCUCAACCAGUCGGACAUGUUCGACCAGCGUCUGCAGAGCAAGGUCAUCAAGGUCGUCGACGUGUCGUACGGUGGCGAGAACGGCUUCAACCAGGCCAUCGAGCUGGCUGCCGAAACCCUCAGCAAUGUCAAAUUCAUCCAGGAGAAGAAGCUCAUCAACAGCUACUUUGACGAGAUCUCCCAAGACUCUGGCAAGGUCUGCUACGGUAUUGACGAUACCUUGAAGGCUCUUGAGUUGGGUGCCGCCGAGACGCUCAUUGUCUACGAGAACCUGGAGAUCACGCGUUGGACCCUCAAGAACUCCGAGGGUGCCGAGAUUGUCCUCCACACCACCAAGGCCCAGGAGCAGGAUCGCUCCAUGUUCAUGGACAAGGAGACGGGCCAGGAGAUGGAAGUGGUGGAGCAGAUGCCCUUCUUGGAAUGGCUUGCGGAGAAGUACCGCGACUUUGGUGCCACGCUCGAGUUCGUCUCGGACCGCUCCUCCGAGGGCAACCAGUUCGUCAAGGGCUUUGGUGGCAUCGGCGCCAUCCUUCGCUACAAGGUCAACUUUGAACAACUCGCCGAGUAUGACGACGAAGAUGAAUUCUACGAUGACUGA